UCGUAGCCUACAGCAAUUUUGUGAUUUUGCCAAAAUAAGAAAUCAAACUAAAAUACUUAGCUGUCAGAAAUAUUAUGUUUUAAAAAGAAGCAGAGAAACUACUGCAUAUGCACACUAAAAAAAUACCAAAAAAAAAAAAAAAAAAUCCUGUCCUGGUUUUGCAUAUAUCUCAGCGAAGGGCUGAAACACCAAGUCUGCUCAUUUCCAGGAUUUAUGUUAGCUGAAACUGAUAUUUUGCUUUAGAACAGCAGAAGGUCUAAAAACUGCCUGCAGUUAACCGUUUGUGUGUAGUCCUCUUAACUUGCAAAAAAGCUAGUAGUAUGAUGGGCUUUGGCAGCCACCUGAUGCUUUUCAUUUGGGUCAGCUUGGCUUUGGCAGGACAUGACACCAGUAACAAGAUUAAUAAAAAGACUAAACAGAAAAAAGGAAACUUUCUUGUGAGAGACACUGACCCCGACGGGAGCUUGGAUGAAAUACUUCACACAAACAAAGCCACUGAAACUCAGCAGGUCUGCAGCCAGGAUGAGGACUGUGAACCUGAGAAAUUUUGCUCUUGGUCUACACACAAAAGACCUGUCUGUCUGCCCUGCAAAAAGAAACACAAAUCCUGCCAAAGAGAAGGAGUAUGCUGCAAAGGAAACCACUGCAUUAAUGGGAUUUGCAUACCAUAUGUUCAUAAAAUAAUCUCCAAGGGCAGGGUGGACGUAAGCAAAGAACUCACUGAUUAUGUUCCAGAACUUGAUUCCAAAAUGCAAGAUGAUAUGGAAUGGAAAGUGAUGCAUAACUCAGAAGUUAAAGUUCCACAUUUGAAAGGUCAAGAUGGUGAUACUUGUAACAGAGCUUCCGACUGUGCAACAGGAUUUUGCUGUAGUCAACAUCUGUUGUCAAAAGUAUGCAAACCAUUGCUCCAAGAAGGAGAAGUGUGCACAAAGCCCAAAGAUAAAGGUGUGCAAAUUUUGGAGAAGUACUACCAGCGAUGUGACUGCAGCCAAGGACUUUCCUGCAGGUUAUCUGAAGACAAAACAGCUUUUGCAAAGUCACGACUCAGCACCUGUCAAAAGCCAUGAAUAUAUAUCUGACUUAAUUGAUCCUGAAGUAUUUAGAGAACUAAAAAAGUGAAACUACAAAAAUAUGUUACCACAGGCAUUUAACCUGACUUUACUUAAGGGAUACAAAUAUACUGUUCUGUUUUAAAACGUUUGCUUGAAGUCUCCUAAAAUGUGUGUUUCAAUAAUAAACAUUUCUAUCUAUAAGAAAUGGGAAUCCAAGUGUCUUGAGCUACUUCUGUUAAGAAAGAAGAUUAUGUGAGUUUCCUUCUGGGAAAGAGAAAAUCCCUGCUAACAGAAUUAUCCAAUCUUUUUACAAAAAAAUGUUGGCACUAAGAAGAGAAAAUGGUCAACCAGUUUACUGAAGUUAUUGAAAUUCACUACCAGAUUGCGUGCAAAAACAGGCAAAUGGAAAACUGAGGCAAACUAGAAGCAGUUUGGUUAUCUAGGUUGAUCUAUAAUCUUCCAAUACAUUUUGUCUUUCCUUCUUAAUCUAUGCCUUUACAUUCUUAAUAAACUGACGGGCAUCUCAGAUAUUGCCUCUUAUGCUAUGAAGUAUUUCAGGUGUGUUUCCACUGAACACAUCUCUUGACAGUACAUUAUUUUCACAUAACACUCCUUCUAGAAAGAAGCAUAUCUUUAUUUUUAAAAACAAAAACACAAAAACCCACUGUUGAACAAACUGUGCUGUAACCAAACUCAGAAAUACAAUAUUAUAAACUGCAA